AUGCCCGGGACAGAAACACUUCUCACAACUGCGCCCUUGCAAGAUCUUCCUCAGGUUGGCAAGGAGGAUGAAGAGCAACCUGUGGAAGACAGGAAGUCCGAAGAGGACGAGACAGAAAGCUUGGGCCCAGAGGAGACCACUGCUGCGUCCUGUUCUGGUCCAACUCUGCCACCCAGUCUUCCUGUGAACGAAGCCACGGAACUGAAGUCCAAGAUUUGGAAGGCAACACGCGAAUGGGGCUAUGAUCAGCAAGCCUACAGCUACCGGCCCUUCAAGGGCCUCAACCUUCUGGAUAUUGGCAUGGGCCAAGGACCAAUGGGCGUCGUGGCCAUGCACGUUGGCGUGAAAUCCUACAAAGGAAUGGACCCCGCCCUCUGCAUCAACCGCAACGCCAUGACGCGAGAUAAGAGAGUAGGCCGAGCUCCAAAUCCUAUCGAGUGUGAGAUGGUGAGAGACUCUGCAGCCUGCAAGGGAAAGGGUGAGGCCUGCGAAAUGUUCCGGCACUGCACGGCGCUGAUGUCCAAGAAGUACCGCGGCUUUCCGUUUACAGGACUUGAGAUGAUGCAAGCCUUCAAAGGGAAGAUCGUCUUGCUACCUGGCACAUUUGCAACAUUGCGCCCAACUGGUCUGAUCCAGCCUGGCAGCUUCGACGUUGCCACUCUGUGGCUGGUCACAGAGCACCUGCCUGACAACCGGCAGGUCAUCGAGGGCAUUUUUGAGUGGACGAAGCCCGAGCAACUUCUGGCCCUGAAACAUCACAACUACUAUGGUUUUGAUGGCCAUCACCAGAAGCCCAGGUACCCGGAAGAUUACAACAGCAAGAAUGUAGCGGAAAACGGUGUGGUUUUCUGGAAGCAUCUGGAGCCAACGAGCUGGGUCUUCAAUUACACGAACACAAAUCGCGUACGCCUUGGCGACCUCAUGGCCCUGGUAGAUGUUUAUUUUGAGUGUGCCUGGAGGGCCACUUUUGUCGCAAGCUGGGAACGGGCCCUUGCUGCUAGGCCCCAGUUGCGUCAUUCUCUGGAACAGCGAGGCUUCCACCAGAAUGAGCUCAUCAUUAACAAGUGGACCAUAGCUUGUGUUAGGCGAAAGCAGCCCUACUUCCCUGAAGGAGGAAGCGACUGGUUGGACUCCCGCAUAUGGCUGCAUCCCCCUACAGAUGGCUCCUACAUUCCUAGGUCCCUUCCUAAGAAGCUUACUAAAAAGAUGACGAAGCUCACCGCCUCAGCCGUUGUGGAGUUUGUCCCGCCUGGCCGGCAGAAUCUGAAACGCUACCUUGUCGGCUAA